GUCAUAAAUAGUAUUAACAGUACUAUAAUUAAAAAUAGUAGCUUGUCGGUAAAACCGUGCAGAGCUUAUGAAAGUUUUUCAAUGAAUAUUGAUACUCAAGAUCAAAGUGGAGUAUUGGAAAAAAAUGACCCAGCUAAUAGAACAAAUAAUACUGAAAUAAAAUCUAAUAGUCCUCGAAUUGAUAUUAUUAGGCAGAAAAGGUCAAUAGCAUUGAUAAAUUCGAAUAACAGUAUAGUCGAUAGUACAUAUAACGAUAGUACUUUAAAAAUCAUUACGUCACCGAGUAAAACUUUUGAUAAUUACCAGUUUUUGAAUUUUGACAACGAAAAAUCUGCAAUACUUAGUGGUAAUAUAAACAAAUUGGAUGAUAGUAUAAACAAUAGCGAUCAAGAUCAAAGUAGUAUCAGACUAAACGAAAGGAUUGAGGAUAAAAGUAGUAAUAAUGGCACAAUUAACUCUGAAGAUUUGAUCAAAGACAAUCAAUCGGAAGCUUUAUUGAUCAUUCCACCCCUGAACAAUGACAUCAACGAUAAAUUUGGGAGUAGUAAUCAGACUCAAAACACUGAGCUCAGAAUAAAAUCAGCUACGAAAAAUGCAACAAAAAUCUUUACUAAUAAUAGAGUCAAUGAAACAAAUAAUUUAAACAUCACUACGACAAUUACUGAUGAUAUUAGAACUACUACUCCGAAUAGUGAUCAGAUAGAUGACGAAAAUGAGGUUGAAAAUGAAAUGAGGUGUUAUGGUGAAUUGGGUUGUCUCGAUAUACCAAACAGUUGGUAUCAUUUAAUUUAUAGACCAAUUAAUGUGUUUUCAAUGCCGCGAGAUGUUAUUAACACAAGUUUCAAACUUUAUACAAAUGAUAAUCCUUCCGAGGGUCAACUUCUUGUUGCAAGCAAAAAUAGUUCGUCAAAAGGUUCAAGUUUUGAUCCAAAACGUAAAACGAAAUUCAUUAUACAUGGGUUCAUGGACUCGUCACAGAAUAACUGGAUCAAGGACCUCAAAAAUGAAUUACUUCAACAUGACGAUUACAACAUAAUUAUCGUUGAUUGGGCUGGCGGCAGUUUAUUACUACUACAAUACUUUCAAGCAGUUGCGAAUACUAGGCUAGUUGGUUUAGAAAUAGCGCAUCUUAUUAGAUAUCUUAAUGCAAAUAAUGGAUUGAAAGUUGAUGAUGUCCAUCUUAUAGGCCACAGUCUUGGUGCUCAUAUCGCAGGAUACGCUGGGGCAAAAUUUCAAGGUCAAAUUGGACGUAUAUCAGGGCUAGAUCCUGCAAAGCCCGAUUUUGAGUACAUGCCGAGUCAUGUACGUUUGGAUCCUACUGAUGCAAAGCUCGUUGAUGUUAUUCAUACUGAUAGCGGUAGUAUUUUUGGAGCAGGAAUAAAUCAUCCUUGUGGACACUUAGAUUUCUAUCCUAAUAACGGUGAUGAACAGCCAGGAUGUUCAAGUUUACUUUUUUCGAUCUGUGAUCACAUUCGAGCAAUCGAACUUUUUACUGAAAGUAUUAACUCAAAGUGUCAGUUUAUUGCCUACGAAUGUCAUAGCUACGAAAAAUAUCUUGCUGGUGAAUGUUUUCCUUCUGCAGGCAACAAAAGCAGUCUCGGUUAUGGCAUUAUGGGAUAUCAUGCAGAUAAGAGUCCUGCGUUAGUACAGAGAUUGUCAAUGGGCCAACCUGCAAUCGGCUCAUUAAUUGAAUCCAAAUUUUUCAUUUCUACUGGUGACAAAGAUCCUUAUUGCCGAAGGCAUUACAGAAUUACUAUUACAUUAGCAAAACCGGAUGAAGCCACUGAUAAGGUUCAAGGAUUAAUGAAUCUCAUAUUCUAUACAGAUGAUGGAUUCACCCAUAAAAUGGAUCUUACUCCAAAUGGCAAUAGAAUAAUGUUAGAGCACGGAGAAACAACAAAAAUCGUAGCAGUACAUCCAGAGGGCGAUACAAAUCUCCUGAAAAAUAUACGGAAAGUCGAUCUUUUCUGGACGUAUAAGAGCGAUACCCCAUUAUUAUAUUGUUUUUUUUGCAACGAUAAACUGUAUGUUGAUAAUAUUGUUGUUGAUGACAUCAAACUUCCAUCAGAUCGACGGAAAAGAGGAACAGACUUUUCGAGUAAAUUCUGUUCAAUUCAAAACCCUCAUAAGUGGACUAAAAUAUUUAGUGGUACCAGUGCUACCUUUGUUGAUAAUUGUCAUUAAGAAGGAUACUCAUGUAUAAAAUAUAAAUGAGGAAAGGUGCAAGUUAUUUCCAACACCCUUGUCAGUAAAACUUAUCCAACACCAUUGUCAGUAAAACUUAUUGCGAAAGAAUAUGACUGUGAAUAUUGAAAUUUCAGGCACGUAUGUUUCGAGCGAAUAUUUUGACUAUUUUCAAAAUCAAGCGAUUGAUCCACGUUAUUUUUUUACUUUAAAUUUAAACAAAUUUAAAAAUAAAUUGAUCCUUUUUUUAAAUCUAGCAGUGACUCUAUUAUGCAUCCAUAAAAAAUACAAACUAUAAGCUCGAUAAACAAAUUUAAGUAUCGAAAAGUUUUUUUGUUUUUUAUUCAAAAAAUAUUUUCUCAAAAAUUUACAUUUCCUGAUUUGAAUGUCCAAAAGCUAAUUUUAUUAGUCAGAACUUCAACAUUUUCACCGACUAAGCAAUUUAAGUUUACGAUUAGUUCGUCAUAUGGUAUUGACGUACUCGAAUACUCGAAGCGAUAUUUUUUCAAUAAAAUACCGUAACUGUAUACAUACGUCAGUUGCAUCACAGCCUGUGACCUCCCCAGACUAAAUUUGUCCUCGAAAUAUUUAAAUAUUUAACAAGAAAAUAUAAAAAUGGAAGAAGUUAUAUUCUGAAUAGCUUCGGGAAUUCAAAUAACAGAUAAACACUUUUGAUUGUAGAAAUCCUUUGUUAUUUUAAAUUAAGCGUGACUCUAAGUUGACUUUUUGAAUCAGGAAAACAGGACAAUGUUAGAAGUAGCCAAGAAAAUUUUGAAAGGUACAUUAUUUCGACAUAGUAAAAUGCCAGGUAUAGUUUGAACCUUUAACGUUUUCGGUACCCAUUUUUUCUCUAUUGUAUUUUUGGUAAUUGUACAGGAAAAGAGAAACAGACUUCUCAAGUAAAGUCCGUUCAAUUGAAGGCCCUCAUAAUUAUACUAAAAUAACGAGUGAUUCUAGUGCUAUCUUUGUCGAUAAUUGUCAUUAAGAAGAAUGCUCAUAAACAAAAUAUAAUGAAAGAAAGGUGCAAGUUAUCUCCAAUAUUCGUUUUACUGUGAAUAGAAUUCAUUAUUCAACAUUUUACAUCCACAUUAUUCAUUUUAAUCCACGAAACCUAUAAGAUUUUGAAAAUACUUAAUUACCUAAAUGAUUUGUGUAAAAACAUGACGUCCUGAUAUUUUAUAUUUCAAUAAAUUGCACUAAAAUUUCUUACGCUUAUGCGUUUGUGAGUAAUAUUUUGCCGUAACUCUAUCAGCAUGUAUAAACAAUA